AUGGCAUCUUUGGAAGCUCUGGCAAUGGCGGGUGUGGAUUUUGAAGACUGCAACCUCACCUUUGAAGAAUACGAGCGACAAUUCAUGUUGCAGCCACCGCCAUAUUUACUCGCCAAGCCGAGAAUAAAGAGAAAAACCAGUUGUAAUUGCACUGUUAAUCUUUGCUUAUUGAACUUGCAUAAAGGGAAAGUUUGCAAUGUGGAUGAUGAAAUUUGCGCUGAUGAUGAUCGAGAAGAAGUUGCUGCCGUGGCGGAGGAACGUUGUUCCGGGGAGGCCAAGGAAGGUGGUAAAGAAAAUACGAUCAGAAAAGGGUGGAGAUUGGUGAGGACAUUGAUGAAGAGAAUAGUGAAUACCCUUGCCAACAUGUCCAGCAAAGCGAAGAGAAAACCGGUAAGAUUAGCAACAGUUCCCUGUUAUAUUGGAUAG